AUGCCUAACAACUUUCUACCCUACCAUGAGUGGUAUUCUCUUUCUAAUAUCAAACUGGCUGACCCAACCUUUCAUUCUCCUGGUCCAGUUGAUAUGCUAGUAGGAGCAGCUAUCUUUCCUCUCAUUCUGAGAACAGGUCGUUUGCCAGGUAAUCUGAAACAACCUUCUGCGUUACAAACUGUAUUCGGUUGGAUAUUGAUGGGAAACACCUCUAGUCCAUCAGCUAGCAUCAGCUCUUUUCACUUAACAGCUAAUUCUGUAAUUGACUCAACGCUUAGACAAUUUUGGGAAAUUGAAGAAAUUCCCAAAUCUGAAAUUUCUUCACCAGAUGAUGCCCUGUGUGAGAAGAUAUUUGACGAUAAUUACUCUCGUGAUUCAACAGGUCGUUACACGGUUAUGUUACCCUUCAAAGAAGGGAUAAACAAAUCCUUUGGAGAUACAUAUACCAUGGCCUUGCGACGUCUGUUUUCACUGGAACGAAGAUUCAAAACCUCUCCUGAUUUCUAUAACGAGUACAAGAUGUUCAUGAAAGAUUACCUCGAUUGUGAUCACAUGACUUUACUCCCAAAUGCCAGUCCAUCUGUUGACGAAUAUUAUAUACCACAUCAUGCCGUUAUCAACCGAAAUAGUCCUUCUACAAAACUUAGAGUAGUGUUUGACUCCUCAGCGAAGGUUUCAGGCAAUGUGUCCCUGAAUGAGAUUCUUUUGACCGGUCCAAAGCUCCAGAAAGAUGUGAUGGCUCUUCUGCUCAAUUUUCGGUUUUAUAAGGUUGUUUUCACUGCUGACAUCAAACAAAUGUACAGGCAGAUUCUCGUUCACCCAUCACAUAGACGAUUUCAGCGAAUUCUUUUCAGAUUCUCUCUCUCAGAUCCCGUUCGAGUAUACGAGUUGAACACUGUUACGUAUGGUGUUGCUUCAUCUCCCUAUAUAGCUCUUCGGACGUUGAAACAAUUAUCUUCUGAUGAGGCGAUGGCUUUUCCUUCAGCGGUGAGCGUUUUACGGUCCGAAACAUAUGUAGAUGACAUCUUAUCAGGUGGAGAUAGCUUGGAGGAGGCUCGAGGUUUGCAGAACGAGUUGAUUUCUUUAUUGAGGCGUGGUGGAUUUGAACUCAGAAAAUGGUCCAGUAACAGAACUGAGCUAAUAGAUCAUUUUCCUCCAGAUCAUCGACAUCAAGAAUCGUUGAAUUUCGAUGAUUCUGUAUUGAAAAUUCUGGGACUCAGGUGGUUUCCAGCCGGAGAUCAUUUCUCCUAUGUUAUAGAUUCUACCGAAAGACCAGUUACAAAACGAACAAUUCUUUCAGACUUGGCACGAAUCUUUGACCCAAUUGGUUUUCUGACACCAUUCACUUUCCUGGCCAAACAUCUCAUCCAACACCUUUGGACUCUAGGUCUCCAGUGGGACGAUGUUCCUCCAUCGGAACUAACGGAUCGUUGGAAUCAAUGUAAAUCCGAGUUGCAGGUUCUUUCCACUCUGCGAAUACCACGCAGAAUCUUCACUCAAUCAUUUACUAAAUGUGAAGCCCACGGAUUUGGGGACAGCAGCGAGAAGGGGUAUGCCGCUGUUGUUUACUUCCGAUUUAUCAAUCCAGAUGGUUCAAUAAAUAUUUCUUUGAUUGGCGCAAAGUCUCGAGUUUCACCAAUCAAACGCAUUUCUUUACCUAAGUUGGAGUUAUGUGCCGCUCUUCUCCUUUCAAAAUUACUUUCCUUCAUAAUAAAAUCAUAUGGACCCUCAUUGAAAGUGGAUGAAAUAUUCGCAUGGUCAGACUCCACCGUGGUUCUUCAUUGGAUCAAGUCAUCGCCCUAUCGCUGGAAGAGUUUCGUGAGCAAUCGUACCUCCCAAAUUCAGGAAUUAGUUCCUCCUGAUCGAUGGUAUUAUGUGAAGUCUCAAGAUAAUCCGGCAGAUUGUGCCUCUAGAGGCAUGUCUCCGUCUGGUUUACUCGACCAUUCCUUAUGGUGGGCGGGACCUCCUUGGCUUCAGUCCAAGGAUCCAAUAGGAAAACCUGGUGAUCCAAAAAUUGAAGAAAUGCUAACUGGAGAAGAACGGCAGGUUGUUUUAUCAACCUUCGCCUCAUCCGACGUAUUUGACGAUCUUAUAAUGAGAUAUUCCUCUUUCUUUAAACUUCAACAGGUUGUAAUUUAUCUAUUUCGUUUUUCCUUCAAUCUCAGAAGUCCUCACUCCAAACGAAUCGGUAGUAUCUUAUCCGUGGAAAGAAAACAAGCUCUCAAUUUUCUCAUCAAAUGUGUUCAGCAAAGAGUUUUUGGUGAGGAAAUUCAAAAUCUUCGAUUAAACCGUCCUAUUACCGUGAAAUAUCUUCAAAAACUCAAUCUCUUCAUUGGAGAUGAUGACAUUUUGAGAGUGGGUGGUCGAUUAACGUUUUCUGGCCUUCAGUAUGACCAUAAAUUUCCAGCAUUAUUGCCUAAUAAACAUUUGUUCACGGAUAUAUUCAUUCAACAUUUUCAUCGGUUGUACCUUCAUCCCGGUUCACAAACGUUACAGUUUCUUCUAUCCCAGCAAGUUUGGAUUUUGUCUGCAAGAAAGGCUAUUCGUAGAGUUACUUCCAAAUGUCUCGUUUGCUUCCGCUCCAAUCCCAAACCUCUACAGCCCUUGAUGGGCAAUCUUCCAUCGUACCGCGUCAAUCAAUUAAAGCCCUUUCAAUGUGUAGGAGUCGAUUUUGGCGGUCCUUUUCUUGUUACGAUGUCAAAAGGUCGGGGCAUCAAAUCAACUAAAGCGUAUAUUUGCCUCUUUGUGUGCUUUUCGACAAAAGCUCUGCAUUUAGAACUAGUGUCAGAUUUGACUAGUGAGGCAUUUCUGGCUGCUUUAAAACGGUUCAUUGCGCGCAGAGGUAGGUGCACUAGAAUUUUUAGUGACGGUGGCAGUAAUUUCAAGGGUGCUCAGAGAGAACUCAUUUCAUACAUGAAGUGCGCUGUGGAAGCAGAGAAAAUAGACUGGGAUUUCAAUCCUCCUUCAGCUCCUCAUUUUGGAGGGUUGUGGGAAAUCGGUAUUAAAUCUGUUAAAUCACAUCUAUACAAACUGAUUGGUGAUCAAAUUCUUUCUUAUGAGGAGAUGUAUACCGUGCUGGUUCAAAUCGAGGCGGUCUUGAACUCCCGGCCACUUUGUCCUCUCAGUACAGAUCCAAAUGACUUAUCGGUACUCACUCCGGGACAUUUUCUCACACUGGCUCCUAUUUCCGAUAUUCCUGAGCCUGACUUAUCCAAUGUGUCCCUCAAUAGAUUAUCUAGGUGGCAGUUGAUCACUCGGUUGCAUCAAGAUUUCUGGAAAAGGUGGCAUGUCGAAUAUUUGAAUACGUUGCAACAACGGACCAAAUGGUUCACACCACGAGAUUCCCAAUUAUCUGUGGGACAACUUGUGUUGAUCAGGGAUGAGCAACUGCCUCCUCGACGUUGGCGCAUGGCUCGCGUGAUUGAUGUCCAUUUGGGCAAGGACGGUAUAGCACGAGUGGCUACCGUUCGCACUGUUAGCGGUAUUCUGCAAAGACCGGUAGUAAAAUUGUGCCCUCUUCCGGGGCAAGCAUGA